AUGAUCGACGAAAAAUUAUUAACAGUGAAUAAUUGGGAGAUCUGGAAUACCAGUUUCAACGUCACCAAUCUCACCAUCACGAAGUCAUUAAUAUCGCCAAAUCCGGAUUGUCCCGUGUAUGCAUUCAACGUUUUAUUGCGAACAUUAAUUUCGAUUAUCUGUAUUCCCCAGAACAUUUUGACAAUUUGUAUGAAUCUCAUCGUUUUGUACUUGUUUAUUGCGAAACGCGAACUGCGUUUGCCGCAGCAUUAUUAUCUCAUAAAUCUGUCCCUAUGUGACGCGCUGGUUGGAUUGAUUGCGCUGCCAUCGCGGUUAACGUUGGAUUUGAGUGGAUGUUGGCCGGCUCCGUUUGUCUUUUGUCGCAUCUACAAAAUCAUCGACUGGACUAUAACCAGUGAAGCCAGUACGACAAUCAUGCUGGUAGCAUAUAAUCGGUAUAAAAUGAUCAGCAAAGGCGCGGCAUUUGCAAAUGAAGAAACCCACAGAAAGGUCAUUUGUAACAUCAUUUACAGCUGGGUUUUCAAUCUACUGUUAUAUGGCCCGGUGCAGCUAAUGGAUGUUUUUACCGGAAUCCGGAUAUCUGGCGGCAACCAGUGUAAAAAUGAAUUUUUCCAAAUAAUCUGGUUGGGAAACUUCUUAGUGGUUACCAGUAAUAUUUUACCGCCGAUUAUUGUGUUCAUCCUGUAUGGAUGGAUUUUUCUCGCUCUGCAAAAGCGGAAGAGAAAGCUGGCGGCAGGAAAAGCAUCAUUAAAGUCCACCGACACUAAUUCGCUGCAGAACGGCGAUGCUAAACCGCCAUCGAGUAACAAGCAAGCGACGACGAUGAUGAUCCUAACGACUACUUUUUUGAUUACUUCCUGUCCCUGUGGUAUCUGCAGUGCAGUUAUGUUUGUGUGUUCCGAUGAGUACUUUACAACGGUAUACCAGAUUUAUCUCACGACCUUAUAUCUUCUGUAUGGAAACAGCUUGGUCAAUUGUGUCGUGUACGCCACAAAGGUGCCCAGUAUUCGUGAACCACUGCGCCGAAAACUGUAUCAGUGCGGAGCCUUUGGCCGGGUACCGGUCUCGGUGUGUGAUUGGCGGGUCAGCGUUAUUCCACACCGCACCGGACAGACCAGAAGCACACAUUACACAGGAAACCAUUCUUAA